CCUCCGUCUCCAAGAGCACAGAACCAAAGCCUCACUUCCCUCACCACCUCAGCUAUAGCUCACUAGUCCAUCGAGAGAGAACUAGUUAGCUGGCUAGCGUCAUGGCCGCGGCGGCGUGGGUGAUGGUGGUGGCGGUGGCGGUGGCGGUGGCUGUGUCGUCGUCGCCGGCGACGUGCGCGGAUGAUCAGGAGCAGCAGGCGCUGGUGCCGGGGGUGAUGAUCUUCGGCGACUCGGUGGUGGACGCCGGGAACAACAACCGGCUGCCGACGCUGGUGCGCGCCGACUUCCCGCCCUACGGCCGCGACUUCCCGGCCACCCACGCCCCCACCGGCCGCUUCUGCAACGGCAAGCUCGCCACCGACUACACCGUCGACAGCCUCGGCCUCGCCGCCUACCCGCCGGCGUACCUCGGCCAGGAGGCGCGGAGCGACAACCGGACCCUCCUCCACGGCGCCAACUUCGCCUCCGGCGCCUCCGGCUACCUCGACGCCACCGCCGCCCUCUACGGCGCGAUCUCGCUGAGCCGGCAGCUGGACUACUUCAGGGAGUACAAGGCGAAGGUGGCGGCGGUGGCCGGCAGGAAGAAGGCGGCGGCGCUGACGUCGGAGUCGAUCUACGUGGUGAGCGCCGGCACCAGCGACUACGUGCAGAACUACUACGUGAACCCGGUGCUGGCCGCCACCUACACCUCCGACCAGUUCGCCGACGUCCUCAUGCAGCCCUACACCACCUUCAUCGAGGGGCUGUACGGGCAAGGGGCGAGGCGGAUCGGCGUGACGUCGUUGCCGCCGAUGGGCUGCCUCCCGGCGUCCGUCACGCUGUUCGGCGGCGGCGGCGGGUGCGUGGAGCGGCUCAACAACGACUCGAGGAUCUUCAACACGAAGCUGGAGGCCGCCUCCGACGCCAUCAGGAGGCAGCACUCCGACCUCAAGCUCCUCGUCUUCGACAUCUACAACCCGCUCUCCGACCUUGUCAGCAACCCCACAAGCGCCGGGUUCUUCGAGUCGAGGAGGGCGUGCUGCGGGACGGGGACGAUCGAGACGUCGGUGCUGUGCCACCAGGGGGCGCCGGGGACGUGCGCCAACGCGACGGGCUACGUCUUCUGGGACGGCUUCCACCCCACGGACGCCGCCAACAAGGUGCUCGCCGACGCGCUCCUCCUCCAGGGCCUCCAGCUCAUCUCCUGAUCACCACCGUCUAUCCACAGUUGUGAUGGAUCCAUCCGUCCCUCCGGCCGUUUGCUUGCAGAGAAUGAAUGAGACAUGCAUGGCAGCUCUAGUUUUCUCGAUUGUGAACUACUAGUACCUACCUUUAAUUGUGAACUUGUCGCCCUGUCGUCUCCUGCUUAGCUGGCUGCUGUGCUGCCGUCUGUUUAGCUGUUUUGUGAUCUCUAUCGUGCAUGGGUUUAGUUAUUUUUUUGUGUGUAGUAUGAACUGCUUCUUCGGUGUGAUGUUUUAUUAAUGUACAUGCGCUGGUUUAUAUCGCUAGCACGUAUUGGAUGAUGUUUUUGCUACCUGUG